CAAAUUGCUCUGCUCUUCGUGUGCAUCUGUUGGGGCAGCACAAAAACCAUGGGCUGCUCCUUCUCGACCGGAGCCCAAAAGAUCGAGGCCGUCCUGCAGCGCUUCGACGGCGUGGCGCCCCGACAGGCAACGGACGGAAGCGUGGCCAAGGUCGUCGGCCGCUGCGCGCCCGCCGGGGCCACGCUCGUUUCGCCUAUAUCUGGGAGGCCGUGCGUCUACUACAAGGUCGUCAUCAAGUGGUACUUCCUCGGGGACAGUGAAGAGGCAGCCGGGUGGCGCAUCAGUGAAGAUCUCUGCGAGACCCAGGCCGUCGACUUCUUCCUCACGGACGAUACCGGCGCGCAGAUCCGCGUGAACGCCGCCGACGCGCGGUGGCCCGAGUUUUGGAGCGGGGAACGCAGCUACGGGUACAAACUGGACAAGGACGCGACGGCGCGGGACGAGUCAAUAUCAACGCAGGAGGUCACGCGCACGAACGGGUCGAGCGCCGACCACGCCAUCUCACGGCCGGUCGUCAAGAGGGUCUCGCCGCUGCUCGAGGCCUUCCUCCAGCGCCACGGCGAGUCGUGCCACGUGCAAAUCCGAAACAAGAGGCACACGAGCAACUUGCUGGCCGAGGAGGCGACCCUGGAGGCGGGCGAUGUCGUUGAGGCGCUCGGCGUCGUCCGGAAUGGCGCGCUCACGCCCACGUCAAAUGACGCGAUCGCCAAGGACCGGAUGCGGGCCGAGGCCUGGCCGAAGCCCGCCCGGGCCGCCUGGAAGGCCCUCUUCGCCAAGACGCCCGCCAUCUUGUUGAAGGACGCGGGGACGCAGCGGGCCCGGCUCGAGGUGCCCGAGGGCGCCGCGCCCGGCGGGCGGCUCGACGCCGCAUUUCCGGACGGCCGGAAGCUCGUCGCCGUCGUGCCCGACUGGGCGCGGGCCGGCGACUUCGUCUACGCGACCGCCGCGGUCUAAAUUUGAUAAUCUUAGGUGGGGCCCCCA